UAGAAUCUUGUGGCAUUAAUCAGCUGAGCCGACAGUGAUAAAUUUAACAUGUAUUGAUGUUCGUUCCAAUGGCAGGCGUCUCUCAAUCCUUAAAAAAAUAACCAGCCAGGCAAAAUUCUCAAUUUUCCAAAGUUAACCACCAUUCGUUUUCUUGUAAACAAUAGCACCGAGACAUGUGCAAUGGAGUUAUCCGCUGACAAAUUUUAGCGAGAUUGGUUCAUCGCCGUCAUGUGAUUUUUCUUGUCAGCAGGAAGUAGCUUCCCCCUCCACCUCUGGGUUAACUUACCAAAGGCAAAGCAGGUAAAAUUGAAGUAAUAGAAGGGGUUGAAAAGAUCACUGUGUCUUUUGUCAAUGUGAGUUUUGUUGCCGAUUGUAGGUUCUGUUUAUGAAGUGCUUGGUGUAAACCAAAACCGAAGAAGAAAAAAAAAUGAAGCGAUUCGCCUUUAAAAUGGCGGCGGUUGCUCCGAUAACUUUAUCAAUCGGAAAAAAAACAUAUGAAUGGCUUGCUUCGGAUCAAAAGCGGUCGACGUGGGUCGAGUAUUACCGGGACCUCGCAUUUUGUGUCUCAACGAGAUCCAAAGACUCCAAGCUGCAAGUAGGAUGCAUCGUUGUACAACCAGAAUCCCUGAAGAUCUUAAGCACCGGGUACAAUGGAUUUCCUCCCGGAACCGAAAACACGAGCAAGAACUGGGAGAAAGGAACAAAAGAUGAUCUUGUUGUUCACGCCGAGGCCAACGCUGUGCUCCUCGCAGGCCAAGCUGAUCUUGAAGGUUCAAUAGCAUUUGUCACAAUGUAUCCGUGCAGAGAAUGCGCAAAAAUGAUGAUAGCGAAGGGUAUUCGCAAGGUAUACUAUCUGUCAUUUAAAGAAAAAUACCAAGAGUCCAGGGCUCUCUUUGAAGCAGCCAAUGUUUGGGUCAUGCCUCUAAAGCGAGGUGAGGAUACAACUCUGGAAGAGUUUAAAAAAAACCUGAUUGACAAAGUUAAAAUGGUAGUGGUACAACAUCAAAAUCAACAGCAGUCGCCGCUUAAACCAAAUGGAGUGUAUGAAGAUCUAAAGAAAAGAAUGGAACAUAUGAGGAGAGCUGAUCUAAAAAGUCCAUGGCCGAGAGGGUCUAAAAUGAACGGGAUCUUACUGGACAAGUGGACGGACUAUUUUCUGUUCUUGGCUCUUGUUGCCAGCACUAGGGCUUUGGAAGACCAUCAAGGAGCAAUCUUGAUCGAUUCUGCAACCCUCAAGAUAUCGGCGUUAUCGUACAAUGGAUAUCCGAGAGGUGUCCCCAAUGACAUGGGCGAUGACUCGAUGCAAAUUUCUGCGUUAUCAAACGCGAUUUGUCUGCGAUUCAGCGAGGGACAUGAAUUUAUCGCAUUUUCAACGCACUUCCCAAAACUUACUGAGGCAAAAAAUCUCGCCCAGGCUAAGGUCAAGAGGUUGUACUUCAUAUGGCCCAACAGUCUUGAAGGAGACAGCAAGAAGGCGCUGCAAAUUAUGGAAGAUGCUGGAAUGGAAGUUGUGCCGAUGGAUGUCCCUGAUUUAGAUAAACUACAAGAAGCCAUAGGUGCUACCGUCGAACGCCUCAAGAAGGCAGAAAGUGAGAACAAGCUUCCCUUCAGUCAAUGGCCAAGUAACACUGGGGCCGAUUACGAAUUACAACCAGAGAAACUCUAAGUCAGAUGUCUCACACCGUGUUUUACUUAUCUAGAGCUUAUUUCGUGCAUAAUUUUGAUUAAUUCUCUAAAAAGAAUAUAUAGAAAUUAAUGAUAAUUCAUAAUAAAGAACAUAGAACUUCGAAUUGUUAAAAACCAGAACUUAGAAAUUUUAAAAAUAAUUUAUCCAACUUUCUGGAAAUUUUGAAAUUAUCUUAUUUUAGAGAUCAAAUGCUAUGCGUAACGAAAACAACACCUUUUUUUUCUGAUUUCAUUAGCUAGUUCGAAAGAUUCGGGAUGAAAACCUCCAAAAUUGAACGAUCAAAAGCGUACUGUACUGAUUAGUGUUUAUUUGGUGAUAAUCCUGUAACGAUCGACCAACUUGACUCUUCGUGUAAGCAGACUUUGCAUUUUUUUUGUGGUAAGUUGAUAGAGAACGUACCUGUGUUACAUGGGGUCCAUAGACGAGGGCGUUCGCAUCUUGAAACCUCUAUCAAGUGGUUGGCUUAAUAAAAAGUCUGAGCGUUGAA